AUGGCAGCCCACAGUAUCGGGUUGUUCGCGAUAUUGCUGUAUAUUUUGGUGCAAAUAUCGACUCAAAGCCAUAUUUCUGAUCAAAAAUUAUGCGGCAAUAAGUUUUGUGCUGUGACCCUAUCUUUAGCCAGGGCAGUUUCAGAUUAUGACGGUUCAUCAGAGAACCCAAAGCUUCUAACAUUUAAGGCAAAUGAUGUUGUGAAAAUAACCAGCAAAUCAGCUGGAAGCAGGAAAGACUUGUGGGGUGGAGAGGUGUCAGGUAUUGAGGGAUUUUUCCCAAAAUCUAUGGUGAAGGAGUUCAACGUAUUAAUCCAUAAUCCAACCCAUGUUGUAAACAUCGAAGCAAAGGAUAAAAAAGAUGAUGAUGAUGAUACAGACUUGGAUGAUGAUACUGAUAUGGAUGCACAGGAUAUCAUCAAACCAGCCACCAAAGUCGAUGAAGGACUGAAAGCAAAUGAAGCUCCACAAAAAGAAGUAGAGAAAAAGGAUGAAAAACCUAAAGAAGCUGAAACCAAGGAAGAGAAGCCCGCUGAGGAUCAGCAGGAUGAUGAUAAGUCGAAAGAGGCCAAGAAGGAGACUGAUGAGACUGAAAUAGAUGAUACUGAAGAUUCUGAUCCAACAGAAGUGCCUGUCCAAGAUAAAAAAGAGGAAAAGUCUUCUGAGCCAGCUGCAGGGACGCAAGAAAAAGUGACUAGUGCCAAACCAGGUGAACAUGCAGUUGAACACACAGAGCCAGCUGCAAAGCAAACAGGUGAGCCUGUUGAACUGUCUCCUGAAAUACAGGAAUCUAAAGAUAAACCUGUUGAAACAGUAACAGAGAAAGUAUCAGAAAAGCCUAUUGAUACCCUUUCUGAGAAACCUUCAGAUAAACCGGUUGAAUCACUUACUACAGAGAAACCUUCAGAUAAACCUGUCGAAACACUUAAAGAGAAACUUUCAGAUAAACCAGCAGGAGAGACAAAAAUAGAGCCUGAAACUGCUGACUCAUCAGGAAAAACUAAUGAUGCCAUUUCACCACCACCUGGUGGGCAACCAAGCGAUGUCGCUGAUCAACAUAUCGUCAAGGCAGAUGAUGAUGAAAGACAAGCUGGACCUCCUGGAGAUCAGCCCGAGGUUGAGCAGCCGGUUAAUCAGAUUGAAGAGGCUGAUCAUCCUAAUGUCACGGCAGACGAUGAUAAAAUAUUAGCAGGACUUCCUGGUGAUCAACACGGUGAACCGAUUGAGCAACCUGUAGAGGACAAUGUUCCGGAUGGGAAAGCCACUGAUGCUGAGAAACCGAAUGAUGUGAAACUCCCUGUCGCUGAUGAUGAGCAGACGCCACCUGAACCGCCAGGUUUGAAGGUAGCGGAGAUCAAAGUGACUGUCCAGGAACCUGAUGCUGUUCGUCAACCGGUCGAGGAAGUCCCAGAGGAUCAGUUAGAUUUGAAAGAGGAGGGGAAUGGUAUUCAUAUGGAGAUUGGCAGUGUUCCACAGAAGAAUCAAGAAAUAGAGAAAAGGCAUGAAAUGCCGACAGAAAUACCGACAGAAAUACCAAGUGAUGUUCCAACAGGUGUCCCUGAGGUCGCUAAAUCUAAAGACCCAGGGGUCAUGAAAGGUUUGCCCAAGCUUGGAAGGAUGAGGCUGUCAGAUGUUGACUUGAAAGAACUGCGAGCAAAAUAUGUAAAGCGCCGACUGGCAUCGUUGGGUCAGCCGCAGGUUCAACAUGUCGGCCACGAAAGUAUCUUGCUCAACACAGACCAACCGAAGGAGUCUGAGGCUAACCAACCAACUGCGGUUGUAACUCCGACACCAGUGGAUCUGCCUGCGGGACAGGACUCGCAGACACCAGUUGCUCAACCAAGUAAUGGUGCCACCCCUACACCAGUCGAGACUGAAUCCAAGAUUGAACCUACUCCAACGAGUCUUGAAAGUGCCGAAGCUUCAAGCAAACAUUUCCAUUAUAUCAAGUCUGAUGUGACCGAGUCCCCUCAUCCGGCAGCAACUGAUCUUCCUGAUGCUAAUAAAGACCAGCCACCAAAGGAUCCACAACAGCCAUCAGUGCCUGGUAAAGAGGAAAUUGUAAAGGAAGAGCCUAAGGUUGCUGCCACUCCUAGUCUUCAGCCAAGCCAACCAGUCGAAACAGAAUCAACAGUCCUUAGCGAGGAUGAGUUGAGAUCACAGAAGCUAUUAGAGGAAUUGGAGAGGGGGCCGACAGAAUCACUUCAACCAAGCUCACAAAUCGAGACAACGCCACAGCAAGAAUCCAUGACGAAAUCUAUCGAGCCAAGCCUCCCUCAUGAAGUGCCGGUCAAGUCGAAACGUCUCAAGCCUACUCCUCGUAUUGUUCUGCCUGGCCAGAGGACGGUCAUCCCACGUGAGGAUAAAAGGUUGAAAGUGCCGGCCUCGGAUGAGACCCCCAUUGGGACUGUUGUAGAGAAGCCAGCAAUGACUGAGGAGUCUACUCAGCCAACACCCACUGAUACCCAGCCUAAGGAGACUGCAGCCUCAGAAAAAAAGCCAGAAGCCCCACAUGUGGAAGAUAAAGAACAGAGAGAUGAGAGUGACCCAGCUACUACACCACCCCAGGUGGAAUCUCCUACUGUGGAACAGCUAACACCUCCGGUGACAGAACCAACAACACAGUCAGAGACUGGUCCAGAGUCUAGCACGAUGUCCACUCUGACCAAAACAGCUGAACCAUUAGUUGGUGCAAUCAUUGGCUCGCUGCCCGAAGAAUGGCAAUUGAUCCUCGAGAAGGAGCCAAUCGGCCUGCCGCCGACCCACACCGUAUUGUUCCUCCUCAUCUGUUUGAUAUUCUCAAUCAUUGUUUCAAUAAGAUGCAUGUGUGGUGGAGGAGACAAAGCUAUGGUGAAAUUAAAACAGCGGCUUCAGAAAGUAGAACAUGAGCUGUUUGUUGCUAAUAAAGAAAAAGAUAGUCUGGCACAGUCCAUCCAAGACGUCGAGGAUAAAGCUUCUAAUUCAACAUCAUCAUUGUCCACUUAUGAAGAAACGAAUAAAAGAUUACAAGUAGAUGUAUCAAAUUUACAACUUCAUAAAAGUGCAUUGAAACAGUCCGUCCAAAAAUUAGAAGAUGAGGUGUCGACACUUUCGCAAAAUUUAGAAUCUGUGCAAACAUCAUUUGCACUGAAAGAACAAGAGUCCAUUGUAUAUCAAAACCAAGCAUAUGAAUUAGAAGGGCAUACAACACAGCUAGAACAUAAAGUUCAAGAGGCUCAAGCAUUACUAUUAGAAAAGCAAAGAAUAGCUGAAGAGAUGGAAGGUAGUAAUGCGGCAUUGAAUGAAGAAAUCACUGUUCUUCAGCAAAGUAAACAACAGUUGUUAGUAGAGGCAGACGAUUGGAAUGAAAAAGUUAAAGAGUUAGAUGGUACUGUCAGUUGUCUCGAGUCUCAAACGAGAGAAUUACAGGAUGCUGUAUCGUUCAAGGAAAAUGAAAUAGAGGUGCUAAAAGAUUGCUUCAUGCAGCUGAAAGUGUUAGAGACAGAGAAUGAGAAUGACGAAUCGGGUGGUGAACCUGGUAAUUCUAAGCUUCAAGAGAAAGUGGCUGCUAUGAUUAAUGUGUCGAGGAUGAACGCCAUACUGCAGCAGGUGGAGGAAGACAAAGCUGCUCUGCAACAGAAAGUCGUCAUAGAAAUGGAGUCGAGGCAAGAAAUGGAAGAGCAAGUCAAGCAGAUCAAACAAGAGAUGGAGGAACUCAAAAUGAACCACUCUAAGGCUGAAAAAGAAAGCACCGAGGCAAUGACCAAGCUCUCAGUCCUCUCGUCCUACUUCAAGGAGAAGGAGAUACAGAUGCAGAAGGAAUUAGGCGAGCAGCUCACUCAGAAGAAGGCAAAGGAAGGCCAGCUAGAGGAGUAUGGGGAAAAGACCCAUGUAAUUGAGAAGGACAUGUCAAUGUAUAGGUCACAAGUUGAUGAUUUGAAGAAGGAAAUUGCAAAUAUCGAACGAGACUUUAGAACUCAGAUAGCAACUAAUGAAAAGAAGGCUCAUGAAAACUGGUUGUUGGCGAGAGCGGCCGAGAGAGACUUAAAGGAAGCUAAGGCUGAGUCGGCCAUCCUUCGACAAAAGCUGACAGAUAUUGAACGGCGGCGAGAGUUCACGGGUCCUGAAGGGUUAAUCAGGCCAUUGCCAACACGGGGCAUGCCACUUCCUAUGAUGAUGAACGGCCCUCCACCCCCACCACCUGGUGCCCCGGAUGGUAGGCCACUAUCCAGAUCAUCUGGAAUACAGCCAUCACCUUCACCACAUCAUCUAAGGGAUGGUGAAUUGGGUUCUCCUAAUUUUGAUCGGUUACCCCCGCCACCAUUAGACAGGCGCCCAUUCCCGCCACCAGAUCGGCCAUUCCCGCUAAUGGACAGGCCUAUGCUGCCUCCAGGACGGCUACCAAUGGAUAGACCGCUACCCCCGCCAUUAGAUCGUCGUAUGCCUCCUCCAAUGAUGGACAUGAGGUCGCCUCCUCCUCCUGAUCGUAGGCCACCAAUGGAUCCAUCGCCGCCAUUUGACAGAGAUCCUGAUCGGCGCUACCCGCCUCCUCCAGAGAGGUUCCCCCCAGAUAGGCGAUCGCCUCCCCCCUUUAGACCUGAUAUGAUGCCUCCACCACGAAUGGGGCCUGGUGGUCCACCACCUUAUCCUGGUCCAGGUAUGAGAGGACCCCCGCCACCUAGACGAGAGCCAUUUCCUCCAGAGCCAUAUAUGGAAAGACAAGGACCAGGUCGACCUUCAUCCAUUCCACCCCAUGAGCGCCCGCCUUCACUUCCCCCACAAGAUCGGGACCACUACGCACCUCCACCACCUCGGGAACGCCAGCAGAGCUUUGUCUAGUCGUUCACCUGUCAUCAGUCACUCACAACUAGCUAUGCUCACGUGCUUCUAGACCUUCAGCAGACAUCGAAAUGCUAGGUGCCGAGUUCUCAAGGGAAAUUGAACUUUAAGUAGCAAGUAAAAGAGAGAAGGGGACAGUGCACGAACAAGGGCGAUCGGGGAUUCACUGAAGUUAUCAUAAUUACUGUAAGCCCUGGGGCAUUAGGCUUUAUCACACUGUACAUAUAAGCACAAAGAUCUAUUUUCUUCUUGUUGUUAUGACACAGAUGGACUUGUAUGGUCAUGGAAAACGUUUUAAAAGUUAUGUUCUUGUUGUGCUUCUGAAUGAGAUAUUCAUUUGGUUCGCUCCACUAGUUUGAUUGUUUAGUAGACUUUAUUUCUAGUCCUAGAAAGUUUUCAUCAUGUGUUCGAAUUUAUCUCCACUUGGAACAUGGAUGUGCUGAUAUCUUGCAAAGAUUCUUGGUCAUCAUUUCAAUCAAAAAUAGAAAGCACUGCAUAUUUCCUUUCUCGUGGUGUUCUACUGACCUAGGGAAUCGAGGAAGUUUCUUUGCAAGGCAUGGGUACAUGGGUAUAGUAUUACAUUUCCUGAUCCCUGCUUCCAGUGGUGACGCUUUGGGCUGGUGGGCAUUGGUCAGUGUAUAGUUCUGACUAUCAGAUCUGAUCCAACACUUUGUUUAAGUUCUUGGUGUUCUGAGCAACUAAAGUGAAUUUAUACAUGAUAUUUGUGCCUGAUCUAAAAAGCCCAGGUACGAGACCUAACCAGCGGUUGCCAACUGCUCAUCUCCUAAUAGAAACUGGUGCUUACAUGUAACCUGAACUGCAUUUAACUGCCAAAAUGGUGAAAUGGUUAAUAUCUUUCCAGAGUAUUUCUAAAAACAUGAAGGCACCAUGAAUGAAUGUACGAAGGUGUAGCGAGAACUGUUACUUUUAACAAGGUUUCAUACAAUUUACACUGAAUGAAAGGCAUGGGAGGGGAAUUUUUUUCUUGAGUAUUAAUGAGAAGGUAGUGAAGCAGUGUCCAUUUUAUAGGGUCAUUUAUGUGACACAGAUCAGUGACUAAAGCAGUGAGUGCCACUAUUGUGAUAUUUGCAUCGUAAGAAAAUGUCAAUGGUGGAUUUCACGCUUCAUGCUUUCAGUAUUUGACUUCUAACAAGUUUUGAAAAUGUUGUUCUUAUCCCAGGAAUAUUAGCUGGAUUUCUGCACAUUGCUGCAGCGGUAUUAUCCUGGGGCUGAGGUUUGUUCACAUGCAUUGCAUGAUUUAAGUGUAGAUAUUGUUUGUUCCAUGUUGUAAUGUAAUGCAGGUUCAAGCUAGAAGCUGUAUCUUUGGUAGAUGCAUCAUAUAUGUGAGCCAAACGGAACUGAUGGCUCAUGUUCAGAAAGGUAGCCACAAAGGCACUCGGGGGGGAAUGGUCAAAGAUAGAUUAAUCUAUUCAUGGUAUGGUGGUUGUGACAGUCAAGCCAAUAGAAUUCAUAAAAUUCCUGCUUUUGAAGGCAGUGCUGUGGGGUCCGUUCAGUCACACAUACAAAGUAUAUGUAUCCUGCAUCCAUCAAAGAUAUGGCUGAAAAUUAUUGUUCAUAUGGUGCUUUAAUGAGCGGCCAUGUGCAAUUUCCACAAUCGUGAUAAGGAAGUGUAAAAAUAUUUAUUUCUUUGUAAAUAUCUAAUCUGACAAAUGGUAUUGGCGAAUAGGGAUGUACAUGUAUGAUAAUAAACAAUGAAAAUUAUGACUUUAGAA